AUGUCCUCCCUAGCAGACUACCUCGCGAAAAACUAUCUAAACGCGGACCCCGCCCCCGACCGCCCUAAAAAGAAACGCAAGAAGAACACCAAAGCCAGCGACUCCACACCCACCGGUCUCAUCAUCGCCGACGACGACCCGCCCGAUCUCCGCUCCGGGGGCAACAAUCUCCUCAACGAUGACGAAGACGCGCCGUCAAUAGUUACGAAUGCUCGAACGGGCGAAUUCCGCCGCAAGAAGACCUCGGGCUGGAAGACCCUCACGCCUGGAGACGGGGGCGCUGAACAAGACGCGGCGGAUAAGAUAUUGGCGGAUGCGAUCGUGGAGGGGGAGGAAAGGCGACGCGAACAAGGGGGUGGUGAUGAGGAGGAUGAUGAUGCGCCAGUUGUUGAGGGGGUUGAGGAAGAUGAAGAAGGGGUAAGGAUGGAGUCUGGGGCGCGGGCAGGGUUACAGACGGCGGCGCAGACGGCGGCGAUGGUAGCAGCGCAGGAGAGGAAGAAGAAGGCGGAUGCGGCGAAGUAUAAGGAGUCAGCGUUGGGGGAGAAGGCGCAGGAGACGAUUUACCGUGAUGCAAGUGGACGGAUCAUCAAUGUUGCGUUGAAGAGAGCGGAGGCGAGACGGGCGGAGGAGGAGAAGAAGGCGAAGGAAGAGGAAGCGAAGGAGGCGCUGAUGGGUGAUGUGCAGAGGAAGGAGAGGGAGGAGAGGAAGCAGCAGUUGAGGGAUGUGAGGGCUAUGCCGUUGGCGAGGACGGCGGAAGAUGAGGAGCUGAAUGAUGAGUUGAAGGGGAAGUUGAGGUGGAACGAUCCUGCUGCGCAGUUCUUGACCAGUGUGAAGGAGGGAGGGACGAGUCGGACGGGCAAACCGCUGUAUAAGGGAGGGUUUGCACCGAAUCGCUAUGGCAUUCGUCCUGGGCAUCGGUGGGAUGGAGUGGAUCGGGGGAAUGGGUUUGAGAAGGAGUGGUUUUUGGCGAGGAAUAGGAAGGGUCGCUUGGAGGCGCUGGAUUAUCAGUGGCAGAUGGAUGAGUGA